CGGUCACACUGCCGCUUUGUUUUGAAACGCUUUGGGUUUGUUUUUCCGGUCAAAAUGUUUAAAAAACUUAAGCCAGGCGAAACUGAGGAAGAUGUCCUGCGGAUGGCAGCUGAGUUCAAUGCGGAGAGAGCCAAGGAUCCCAAUUUCCAGCCUGCAGCGGCUUUCGUGCGAAUGGACAAAGCUCCAAAGAAAUCCAUGUUUGCCCAGAAACGCGAGCAGGCCAAACUGGGUCGUGUUACCUCUGUGACUCAACAAAAGCAGGAAGAUAUUCCACCGGCUGCCAAAGAAAUCCCAGAGAUUGCAACAAGUGUUGCCAAGGAAAGAGAACAAACUCAUGUCAACAAAGUUCUGCUCGAUGAAAUCCAGGAGAACAUUCUGGGCGAUGUGAAGGGCAGUAGAAUGAAUCCCAGUUCCCUGGGCAAUGUGCUCGGUGAACUGGUUGAAAGAACUGGAGGAACCACAAGACCUGCCCCCCAGAAUACCAAACAGGUCAACACCAGCAGGCCUCUUAGCAUUUUUGCCAAACAACUAUUGAGGGACAGUUCACAAAAGCCACAAAUAUGCAAGUCCCAGUCUGACUCACCAAAAAACGAACGUAGUUCCAUAAUAAAGGACGCCAAGCUGGGCAAAGAACUCCACCAAGAAAACCUAAGUGUCCUCAACCAAAUGAGCGAACAGGACAUUUUGGCGGAAAAAGAAAGGUUGCUGGCUUCUUUGGAUCCCUCGCUGAUUGCUCUGCUAUCGAAGAAACGGCAAACAAGUAACAAUACUACUGAAAAGAAGACAUCCCCAAAGAUAAUCGAGGCACCACCAAUUCUAUUACAGUCCCCUAAAUUACAAAAUCCACAAAUUCCCUCUCUACCCGAUUCAAAUCCAGCUGUUGAGCUUUUGCAGCAGAGCGAUAAAGGCAAUUGGGUUAAUUUCAAUAUAGUGGAGGACCAAAAAUUAGCCUGGAUGCGUGAUAUUCCCGCCAAGCUAAGUGAAUUGAAGCCAGGAGAGCAGUUCAAUGCUCGCUUCGAUUGGAAAGGUGUGCUUCUGCCCCACACGCUCAAGGACCAGGAUUCUUCAAAUCAACUGGAUGAACGAGAACUAUAUUUACAUGGCGAGGAGGCAGAUCGUCCCGGCUACGCACUUCAAGAGCUGUUUCGAUUGGCAAGAUCCACUGUCCUGCAGCAAAGACUCUCCGCCUUUGGGGCCAUUGCGGGAAUCUUUAGCAUUUAUAACCAGGGUUUCUAUGAUCAAGUGCUGUCUCUGCCAAUAUCGAAAAUAUUCUUUUUACUCCGCUACGGGCUGGAUGACAAUGCCCCCGCUCAGCUGGAAGUUGUAAGCCGAGCUCUGGCAAACUUAUUCUAUAAUGAUACGGAUGAAGUUCUUCUUGAUCAUAUUAAUGAUAACGCCUACUGUCAUUGGCAGCCGACGCUGCAGGUUUUGGGGAAUGGCAGUGAUGACAAAGAAGGAGAUACAGAUACCAAUUCCAUAGCUUUUCUACAGCGCUACAUGAAGCUACUGACCACCAGUCAAGCUGUUCGCGCGGAAGUGGAUGAAGAUGAAUCGCAAAGUCGAAUGUCCAUGGACGACUUUCAACUAGCUGAAACAGACCUCAUGGACUGUUUGCUUAGAACAAAUAUAUUACAAAGGAUUCGAUUUAUCUUGGACUCUGUGAAACCAGAUAAUAGCACGGUAGAGUCCUGCCUGAAACUACUUAUUAGAAUCGCUCGCACAAGUAUCAAAGUGGCUAGGCAGUUUGCCAAUGACAGCUAUUUAAUGGAAGUACUCUUCGUUAAUUUCUUACCCUCUUCGAAUGGAAGCAAUCAGUUUUAUGGACAGCCACAAAUUCUCUUUCUAAAACUGAUUCGGGUGUUAAUUUGCCAACAUUUGGAUGUAGCUAAGAGUCUUUCGAAAGGAGUCCUUAUUGUGCGGCUACAGCAAUACCUGUUCCUUCAGGAUAGUAAGGUUCAGAUGGUGCGCGUUCAGAUCGAGUCAUUGCGCAUCCUGCGCUGUCUACUGCUCCUGGGAAUCGUGGAUCGGGAUUCAUUCAGGCAGUUCCUGCCCGCGCUUCGACAGCUACUGGACUGGCAUGGUAAUCACUGUGUUUUUGAUGGCGUGGGCGGAUCGGGCCUGGUGCGUCAGCACGCAGCUGCCCUGCUGGUCGCACUGGUGGCCAGUGGCGAGAGCGGAGCAUGCGAUGCCGAGGGACAGAAGCUGCUUGUGGAGCAGCUCAACAACUGCUGCUGCGCCUGGCUACAUUCUGCCACCCGCGUGGAAAAGAUCAAAGAUUUUAGUCAGAUGACGCUGCUGAGUGCUGCCCUAUAUGCCGUUUGCUGGUUUUCCCAGAAUAGCUACUUGGGGACCAGCAGUUUCCAGACCUUCCUGCGCAGCAUCCUUCCGAAGUUCGUGCAGUCCAGCGGGUUCUUAGCAAGUGUUAAUGACCUAGCCAAGAGCUCCGUUGUGCUGAGACGCCCAAUUGAUCGACGCCAUGUGCACGCGCCGUUGCCUAAUAUGGGCGCAGUGCUGAUGCACGACUAUGGGCCCCAGCUGAUUGUCAGUGAAACCUACCCGGUGCAUCUGUUGAGUAACCUCUGGGCCCUGCUAGCUGUACCGCUGGAGAGCGGCGAAAAGCCAUUGUUUGCGGCGCUUAUGCAACCGCCGGUGCUUGAACCUCUGGCCGAUUAUCUGCGCCAUCUGGCCUCCCAGCUAAAUCGCGUCCUGGCCACGAACUUCUUUGCCCGCAGCGAGCUGAGGUUCAUCCACCAGCUGCUCACCACAGACGGCAUGGAAACAUACCUGGAGCGCCAGCUGUUGCUGCAGUUGGUCUACAACUAUCUCUGCUGUCUGUCCACCGCACAUGCCACCCAGAUCAAGAGCACCUUCGAGCGGUUCAUCUUCAAUGCGGAGUUCGUCAAGCUGGACGAAGCGAGCCUGAAGCUGCUGCAGCAAUCCUGCCUGGAAAUGGUCUACCCACACAUAAUAGCCGACAACUCCGAGCCGUCGCUAUCCUUGAGCUACACCCAAGCACCCAUCCUGCCCGCCGACUGGCCCUUUUUCCAGCUGCGCCUUAUCCUCAACAAUUACUUGCAAAAUGUGCAGCAACGCCCUGCGGCCAUAUACUCAGAAAACCAGGUGGUCCGCAUGACAUUGACUUUCGUGCGGCAACUGGAAAGAGAGGGCCUGCAGAUUGUGAGCCCGCUGGAGAAGCUGAUGUAUCUGAUGAUUGCCUUUAUGGGCCCCGACUCCCAGUUCCUGGUACCGGAUUUGCAUGAGCUGCUGCGCGACUGCCUGAUGGAUUUCUACAAGCAGAAUGCCAGCCAUGACUUUGACUUUGAUGUGGAGUUGGCCGAUAAGGGCAGGUUCGAGCCACUUUACUAUCUCUUUGUCGAACACUUCGAGGCGGCCAGCUAUGGCGAUGAGCUGUUCAGUUCGCUGGUGCUGUUGCCGUUGGCCCAAAAGUAUGAUAACAAGUGGCGAAGGCGUCUGUGGUCCGAGCACGUGCAGGCUGUGCGAUUUAUAAACUGCGAUGAAGAGUUGCUGAUGGGCGGCUUGUCUGCCUACUUGGAACCCGUGGAGGAGGAGCCUUCGCUGGUGAAACUGUAUGGCGAUGCACUGGAACAGAAGAUGGUGCGUCCUGGGAGCAUUGCCUAUCGGAUAGCUCAGCACCACUUCAACCACUCGACGUCGCUGCAUAAAGCCAAAUUGUUUUGAUUAUCUGAACAAUAAUAGUUGAUAGUAGCUCCUAAGGGGCUGUGGUGGUGAAAUUGCGAUAAAGCUGUUUAAUUUUGGAA